AUGGGUGGUGGUUACGAAGAUUCCCUGAAGAUGGACCCUGGUAUGGGUAUUAUACCUAGGAUUGUACAGGAAAUCUUUAAUACCAUCAGUGAGAAAGAGAAUUACAAAUUCAAAGUAGCAGUUUCAUAUUUAGAGAUCAUUAAUGAGGAUUUGCAAGAUCUGCUUGUCAACAACAAAAAAGAAUCUUUAACAAUAAGAGAAGAAAAUGGAGUCAUAAAGCUUCCUGGUUUACGAGAAGUACCAGUUAGCAAUACUGAGGAGACAAUGAAAUUUUUAGAGCAAGGUUGUAACAACAGGACCACAGCUGCUACUGCCAUGAAUAACACAUCCAGUAGAUCACAUGCCAUCUUCUCUGUUUAUAUAGAACAACAACACGAGGAAGAUAUAAAUGACUUCUGGAAGGUCAAAUUGCAGCUGGUGGAUUUAGCAGGGUCAGAGAGGGUCAAGAAAACACAUGCAGAAGGCGCAAGACUUAAAGAAGGUAUAAACAUCAACAAAGGGCUAUUAGCUCUAGGAAAUGUUAUAAGUAUUCUUGGAGACGAGACAAAGAAGAUAUUACAUGUACCAUAUAGAGACAGCAAACUUACCAGGAUAUUACAAGAUUCACUGGGUGGAAAUAGUCAUACAUUAAUGAUUGCUUGUGUUAGCCCAGCAGACAGCAAUAUGGAAGAAUCUUUAAAUACACUAAGAUAUGCAGACAGGGCUAGAAAGAUCAAAAAUAAGCCAGUGGUGAACUGGGACCCACAGACUGCAGAAAUAAUGAGGUUGAAGGGACAGGUUCAACAGCUAACAAUGAAGUUAAUCAACGCAGGGCUCACAGAGCUUGAUAGUGAAAGUGACUUGAACAUAGUUAAACCUGAUUCACCUACCAGAGAAAAAGACGCUCAAGCUCUACAGAAAUGGAUAGAUAAAUGUAAAGAAUUAGAGGAGGAGGUUAUAAACCUGCACAAGGAGUUAAGAAUAUCAGUUGACCAGGCAGCUACAAUGGGGGAGAAGGCAUUAAGAUGGGAGAUGAAAUGUGAAAGACUAAAGUCACGUCUAAAGGAGCUGGAAUCUAAUAUAGGUGUAGACUUUGAUUUGCUGAGUUCAAGCAUUGUUGAUGAGAACAAUCCAGCAUUGGCUGAACAGCUAGAGAAAUUGAAAGCCCUUGCUAGCAAACUUAAUGAUUCAGUGAGUACAGACAACACAGCAGAAUCUUCUGAAGACGAGGAAAAUGUUGAAACUGAGGCUGAGGAAGGUCAAGAUGAAAUGCCAUGUACACCAGAAUCACGUGAGAUGUUAAAACAGCAUACUUUACGACGGGCACGCAUGAACAACCAACUGACUGAGUUAAACAAGAUCCUAGAAACAAAAGAGAAAUUAGCCAACAAAUUCAUCCAAAAUGAUACAAAGAUGGUUGAAAUGCAAGCAAAAUAUGAGCAAGACAUGAAGAAUCUAGAGGUGGAGAUAAGUUCUUUACAGAAGGAAAAAGAGAAUCUAUCAACAGCUUUAGAGGAUGCCAAGACAAAUGUUGCUGCCAGCAAGUUAAGUGAACAGAGAAGGAAAAGGCUACAAGAACUGGAGGGACAAAUGGGUGAUUUGAAGAAGAAAUUGGUAGAACAGAAAAAAAUGCUGAAAGUAAAAGAUCAGUCAGAGAAACAAGUUACUCAGCUUAACACAGAAAUUCAGGGUUUGAAGACACAGAGAGUAAAGUUAAUGAAACAGAUGAAGGAGGACAAUGACCAGUGGAGGAAGUGGAGACAAAAGAAAGACAAGGAAGUCUUACAGUUACAACAAAAGGAUAGAAAACGUCAGUUUGAAAUACAGAAAUUACAGCGUGAAAACAAGAGAACACAAAAUGUUCUUCAUAGAAAAUCAGAAGAGGCUGCAGCAGCUAAUAGAAGGUUAAAGGAAGCUUUGGCCAAACAGAAGCAAGUUAUAGAGGAGAGAAACCAAAAGUUUGAGAAAUGUGAUAAAAAUGCUAUAGGAAAUAGAGUCAGGAAAUGGUUGAGUUUUGAGCUAGAUGUUAAAGUUGGAAUAAUGGAAGCCAAAUACCACAGAGAAAGUCUGUUACAGGAUCGUAAAAUGUUGGCAGAACAAUUGAAGGAGUUAAAGGAGAGUCUGAAUGAUGAUGCUCCACCAUCAAAGAAAAUGGCAUGGAUGGAUGACUCGGGAAAGAAACAUGAGGCAAGUUUUGAGGAGGAAGAAACUAAGAAAAAAAUUCAUCAUCUUCAACAGCAGAUAGAAUUAAGAAAUGUUCAAAUUGCUGACUUACAACAGAAAAUCUUUGAUGCAGAGCAAGAGGGUAAAGGCAAAUCUACAAAGGAUAAUCUUCAUACAAUGAUGGAGGCUAAGAUAGCUCUCAAAUGGCUUCUAGAUCAGUCGGUGUCAUUUAAAGCUGACAAUAAUCGUAUACGGCUAGAGAUGGAGGAAAUGAAACAUUCUGUAUCUGACAGGAACAAUGAUAAUGAUGAAAUUCUGAGUGAACUAGAGGAGAAAAUAGAGCAACUGAAGAAGAAAUAUGAGAGAGAUAUAACCAGAUUACAGUCAGAUCAUCAACAAGAGAUAGAGAUCUUGCUGGCAUCUAGUGCUAAUGUUGCUACAACCAGUACAGACUUAAAAGAUGAACUUAAAUCGCAGAAAAAAGAAAUAGAUGAUCUUAAGAAACAGCUAAAGAAAAAGACUGUGGAAUAUAAUAAAAUGGAAAAGCACCUUACAAAGUACAUGUACCAAGAUAAGAAAGUUGCCUUGAUGCCAGAGUUAACCGAUGACGAGAGUGAGAUCACAGAACCCAAAUCUCCAUUUCUAGCAAUGAGACCUAAG